AUGCUCGUCGUCGAAAAGCCCCUCCCUCAUUAUGUUCCACCGCCGCCUUCCAAGGAAAACUUGGAAUACGCCGAUCUCGCGAUAAUUGAUCUGUCCAAAGCGACCACUCCAGAGGGGCGCGCUGAACUGUCCCGUCAGGUAUGCGAAGCAUUGACAGAAGUCGGCUUCUUCUAUAUCAUCAAUCAUGGAUACACGAGCGCAAAAACCUCCAGGAUCUUCGACAUAGCGAACGCCACUUUCGAUUCGGUCUCUGACGAAGAAAAACAAGAAUAUACACAGAAGGAGGUAGGGGUUUAUACUGGUUACAAGCCGAUGAAUGAUUGGCAUAUCGCUUCAGGCGUUCGUGACGCCAUUGAACAUUAUAACAGUAGCUACCCCAUCCCCACCCUUCCUCGUGCCAACGCUCACACGACCGGUAUCAUAUAG